AUAUUGAAAGCUAUUCUGACCGUUUUAUGGUUAAAAUAAGAUAUUUUUGAGGCUUUAAGGGUUAAAAUGUGAAGCGUUAAUGGUGGAACUGUCCGUGGUGCUGAAACUGAACUGUCCAACUCUUUCAAUCUAAUUAUGUUAUAACCUUUAACUUCGCAGUUUGAGCGUCAGUGUUAACAGUAAAAGUGUAAAUAAAUGUGAAAAGUUUUCGGCAGCAUAAAAAAAAAUAAAAAAUCCCCCUUCUGUGUGCAUGUGCGUGUCGUGACGCCUCGCGCUCACAGACAGGAGCUCACAUUUACACGUCUUUGUUAUAUUUUUUUUCUGUCCCAUUACAUCACUGCUUUACAACCAAUGGAAUGCUCCCGAGCGCACUAAAAUGUCACCGGUGUGACGUCGUUGCUGGCGUAGGGCUGCACUUUGAUGUCGCCUACUAAACGAAUGCGCUGCUAAAUGGACGCAGAAGACGCAGCGCAGACUGUGCGCAACCGCUCAUCUCCUCACACUCAUCUGGGGUUUUUUCCCUGCAGGAUUUUCCCUAAACCUGACUUUUUUUUUGACUUGUGAGGAUUUUGCCCGGUUUGUUUUGGUUUUUUUUUUCUUUUUCUUUGCAGGAAUACGUUGUUGAUUGACCAAACUAUUCUUUAUUAUAGGAGACGAGUGAGGAGGACACAGCAUGCUGUCGUCCCUGAAGAUCCUGGUGCUGCUCUCGCUCCUGUGCACACCGACCUCCAGCCUGUGCCUGCGCCUGCACCGCACCUGCGACGACCAGAUGGCCGUGGACGUGGACGAGCCGGUCUACUCCCCCGUGGACGACUGGGGGUCGCUCCUGCAGACCGCGGAGUACCUCGCGUCCUCCUCCUCUUCUGCUGAGUCCAGCCGGGAAAAAAGGACAUCAUCGUCGCCGUCGUCAUUCUUAAACCCCGCAAACUACCGCUUCAUGAGCAGGACCAAGCUCAGAGGGCAGGUGCUCCGCAACAGCAUCAAAGGAGACAGGAGGAGCAGACUGACCCUGUCCUUGGACGUCCCGACCAACAUCAUGAACGUCCUCUUUGACGUAGCCAAGGCCAAAAACCUGCGCGCAAAAGCGGCGGAGAACGCGCGUCUCCUGGCGCAGAUUGGAAGGAGGAAGUGAGGAUGUUCUCGGAAAACUUUGGUGUAAAAAAGAAACCCCCACACACACAGCCACGACCAGAGCAGAGCAGAGACUUUCAUUAUUUAUCAUUAUCAUUAUUAUUAUUAUUACUUCAGGGAUGCACAGUAGUGGAUUUUUGGCUGAUAUGCUGAUAUAUCGGGAGUGCUUUGGGCCGAUAACCGAUACCAAUAUCAGUCUCUUCUGUAGAGAAAUUAACAUAAUUAUUUAUGUUGCAGCAGAUGUAGAUAUACAUUUUCUCAUUGAGCAAAAUAAAUAAAAAACAAAAAACAAUAUCUGCCGAUACUGAUAUAGUACCAAAAAUAUCGUGCAUCCCUAUUGAUUAUUAUUAUCAUUAUUAUUUUCCUGAAACAUAACACUGGAGAAACCUCUAUAAGGAACAAUAAACGAUGUGAACAGACAACACUUUGUGAUGACAACGAUGGUGAUAGUGAUGAUGUAUAAUAACAACAACAACAACAAUAUGUGUAUAUAUCGCACUUUUCACAAGUGUUUUACAGAAGAAACAUAUAGAGACACAAAGUGAAAACAGUUUAAAGCUGUCUAAAGUGUUUAAGGCAACAAUUACAUAGAAUAAAUGCAAGAAUCGAUAAUAUAAAAGUGAUCAUAUUGAUUUGAAACUGUUAAAAGGGGUUACAGCAUGAAGAGAGAAAUUACAUUAAAUAAAUAUAACAAUCAAUAACACUGAAAGGGCGAUGAGUACGAACCAAGUUACAAAGAGCUUUACAGCAUAAACAUUUUAUUUAUCUUUUUUGCUGCAUUUAUUUAUUUAUUUACAUUGUGACGAAGAAACAGAUUCUGGUUAAAACAGAUGGAAGCGACAGUGCGGUCAUGAAAUACAGCAAAAUGCAAAAUGCAUGGGAAUGUAUGUGUUCAUCAGAUGUCUGUUAUUUUUAUACAA